GUCGUAAUAAAGAGCUACUGAUUUUCUAAACGAGUCAUCUUAUUUGUGCGAGAGUGACGUGACACGCGCCGCGAGUGCGAAAGUGAGAGAUUGUGUGGCGAACGCUCGUCGGCGUGUAACAUUUUUGGGGGCUCGUCCGGGAUCGGACGAACAACGAGCAAGAUGGAUACAAGGAACACACGGAAGAGGCUCCGGCUGGAGACGCCUCACCGGGAUACCAGUGAGACGCCGGCGAUUGCGUCACUCACUGAAACGCUUCAGACCGUAAUACAGGAGGUCCAACUCCUACGUGUGGAGCAGGCCCGGCGUGAGGAGGAGUUCGCGGCGACGAUUCGCCGUCAGGAGGAAGAACUCCAUCGUCUACGCGGGAUGACUCAAAACCAGCUAAGUCACUCCAAUUUUAGUGCGUCUCGAGAUGUGCGAUCGGGGGGAGGCAGCCGGCGAGGAGCCGCGAGACGCGCGUGAAAAUGUCGCGCGUCCGACCGGGAGAAGCGCGUCCGGGGGGGACGCGAGUGAAAACGAUACACGCCCGGCCGUGAGAGGCGGAAUCGCGGGAGUCGCGCGCGAAAAUGUUGCGCGUUUGACCGAAAAAAACGCGGGGAACGCGAGUGAAAGCGACUCACGCCCGGCCGAAAGAAUCGAGACCACGAGUGACGCACAAAGAAAUAUCGCGCGCUUGACCGAAAGAAACUUGACCGCGGGAAAUGCGGGUGAAAAUUUGUAUCGGGUGGGCUCAAACGUGGCUAGCGUCGGGAAUCAGAUUUCGUACGCAGGAGACGCUGCCGCGGGAGCGGGCCUCGGGCUCGGCUAUAAAGUGAAGCCCGAUACGUAUGACGGGACAGUCCCACUUCAUGAAUAUCUGUCACAAUUUAAUCUAAUUGCGCGAGCGAAUUCUUGGAAUAACGCGACGAAAACUGUUGCGUUAGCCUCGAGUCUGAGGGGAAAAGCGCGCUCCAUUUUAGAGACCGUGCAAGAUGUCGACUGUCUAGAUUUUGCGGAGCUGGAAGCGAAGCUCGAGCUACGUUUUGGGGAGGGUCAUUUAACGCAGAAUAGUUACUCCGCUCUCACCAAUCGCAGACAGAGAUUCGGGGAGGAUCUAGCUACUCUCGGUUUCGAUAUUGAGCGUCUAUCUCGUCUUGCGUACCCCGAGUGCCCCUAUGAGAUCCGUGAUAAGAUUGCUUGUUCUCAAUUCGUUUCGGCUGUGUCCGAUAAUUUUGUUCGACGUACGUUGCAAAUAGAGGGGAUAACCUCAUUAAGUCGGGCAGUCGAGCGAGCAAAAGCAUUGAAAAUAAUUCAAGGGGACAAUUAUGCUCGAGAAAAGGAGAAGACGAAUAAAAGUUUUCCGAAGGAGGGACAGAAUAAUAAUUUUAAUGGGAAAAAGGGCACGGAAGGGAACGGGAAACAAGCUGAAGAAGAAAAAAAUGAGCAGAGGGGAAAUUCGCGUGGCAGCAAAAGCGCCAGUCGCGAGGGAGUCAAUGGUGCUCGAAGAGGGGACCAUGGCAGAACAUCGGCCGAAGACUCCUCGAAGGAAGUUUUUUUUUAAGAAGACUGCCUCGCCCACGGUUUUUGAGCGUGGUUUUCCCGUGGGACGUUGAGCAAAUGCUGAGGCAGGGACUCGGGGUGUCUGAAAAGACGUUGGGUCCACGCGAGUUUCCCCCCCCCCUUGUCUGAAAAUUUGGGACGGCGUCGUGGGAAGCCGACAGCGAGGGAUACGCCGGGGGAG